AUGCGAGUCAUCACGCCGCCCUCGACGCGCGAGUUACGCGCGAGCGUUCGAAGACAAGUCGUGGACCAGAGAGUCUCUUUGGACGUCUAUUUUCGAACAGCCGAGCACGUGUACACGCAGGCAAAGAUUUAUAGGGCGGAGGAGAACUUACCGCAGUUGUAUCGGUUGCUCUACGCGUACGCGUCUGUAGUGCUGGAUACGAUGGCGGAGCACGGGGAGUGGGAGGACCGGCGACACGGCGAGAGGGUGCGACGAGAAAAGACGCGGUGCGAGGAGGCGCUGAGAGAGAUGGAAGUGUUGAAACCGAUGAUCGAUACCGAGGCGGAGGCGUAUCGGGCGCGAGCGACGGCGGUGGCAAGUUCGGCAGAGGCGCAGAAAGUCCGAGUGGCGGCGGCGGUGGAGGGACGCGUAGAGACCGAGCGGAACGCAGGCGCGUCGACGGGGACGAAGACGUCCACUCGUGUGUCGUUGGGUACGGGCAUGAUCAGCGACGCGGCGGGGUCGAGACACUCGCUCUUCGGGGCGAACUUGCCGAGCGCGAGUGCGACGGAGUUGGCGGCUCGAUUGGCGGCGGCGCAUCCAACCGGCAAGACAAACGCGAGUUCGGUCGGAGAGGCGGCGCCGUCAGCACCGGGGGUACCGUCGACGAGGCAUGCGCACUCGCUUCUUCCUCCACCGCCACCGCCGCCGCCGAAUGAGGACGGCGUGCCGUUCCCAGAGGGCAUCAUGUACAACGCCUCGAGCGUGGAUUUUCAGCCCAAAGUUGUCGUGCAGGUUCCGUCCACGGACGAGGCGGCGACCGAUCACACGCGUCUCGACACUCGACUAAAACUCUAUAAUCUCCGCGAAAAGGUCGUACGAGGCGAUGGGAACUGUCAGUUCCGAGCCAUUGCCGAUCAACUCUUCCGCGACCAGGAGCGACACGCCGAGUGUCGCGUCGUCGUCAUCAACCAACUUCGGCGAAGAGCCGAGGACUACUCGCCCUACGUUCCCGAGGAUUACGAUGCCUACGUCGAGGCGAUGCGCAAAGACGGGUGUUGGGGUGACCACAUCACCCUACAGGCCGCCGCCGACGCCUACGGCGUCCGCAUGUGCGUAAUCUCUUCCUACAAGGACAACUUCAUCGUCGAGAUUCAACCGCGGGAGCAGCGCUCGUCCCGCGUGUGCUGGAUCUCCUUCUGGGCCGAGGUGCACUACAACUCCCUGUACGGAAUCUAG